CCACUACCUAGGUAUCUAUCAGUAUUUUCACAAUGUUCUUCACCAAGACCAUCGCUAUCUUCGUCGCGGUUGCCGCGCCCCUAUCCUUUGCCAUCCCAGCCGAGGAUAACACCGAAGCCUAUUGGGCCCAAUUCUGUGACGACACAACAUGUUCCCAGAACUGUGGUGAAUCCGUUAGUGUCGCCAACACAGGCUGCCUUAACGAGCCUGGCCGCAAAUCCAUCAGAUUCCACGGUAGCAGCGGCAGCUACUCUUUGGUUGGCUCCCCCCAACAAAAUUGUCCCUGCCAGAAUAAAUGCUCUUCCAUUCCCUCUGGCAUCGAGUGUUGGGAUAUCUCAUCGUACUCUGGCGAUUCGUCGCUCCGCUUCAUCUCUGGAAGCUGCAACGGCAACAACUGCUAGGUAUCUUCUAAGGGGAAUCAAAUCCGAGAUCAAGGGGUGGGUACGAGUGGGUACGAGUGGGAAUGACAUCAGGUUACAAUAGAACCUAGGUACCUAUUUAUCUCUCUUUAAAUAAAUAUAACCUAAAAGCCUUAUCCAUCCCU